UUUUCCACCGUCAGUCAUCGUCGCGUAAAACCACUAAAAAUGUCCCAAAACGGCCACACCGGCGAGGUUCCGGAUGAGCCCGGAACCCACCAGACCAAUUCCGCCCAACUGUUGGAGAGUUUGAUCGCGCGCCACGGAAAACCCGUGAAGGAGAACCGGUGGGAUCGUAUCCGGCGGAAGCACCUGAACAACAUCACCGUGACGUCGAAAACGGUGAAACGGUUCUUCAACAUGGAUUUUGUCGACGAGGGCCAGCUGCGGAUGCUGAACGGAGCGGGGGAACAAAAGCAGACGCUUAAUCCGGUGCUCGUGAUGGAUAUCAGACACGAAAUGAUCAAGCGCAAACCGAAAUCAUCCGGCGGUACAAAACCAGACCCGGUCCGUGCCUACCAGCAGGAAACCCUGGAACAGCACAACCGCACCAUCGAGACGACCCUGUUUGAGAACGAGCUGAACAAGUUCCGCAAGGAAAUCACACGCAACGGCAAGCGGAACCAGGUGAGCGAGCAGAAGAAGAGCUUCCUGUUUAUCGACCUGCCCAAGAUCGACAACAGCUUCAUCUACGAUAGCCUGGAGGAGUGCGAGAAGUUUACGAACGAUUUCUACGAGAGUGCUAUCCGUGGGACGGAUAACUACAUCGAGGAGGUGCGGCAGGAGCAGCUGAUCAUGUACAAGGAGCCGGCUACGAUCGAGGAGAUUCGGGAGGAACCGGUGGAGAGCAAGACCAACGGUGAAGGUUCGAGCGACGAUGAGGAGAACAAGAUUGUGCGCUUUGGGGAUACCCAGGUGAUUACGUAUCCGGCGGAGGAGUCGUCGUUCUCGCUGGACGGUUCCGAGUACGAUUUUGACGAUAAUGAGCUGUUUCUGGAGUCGCUGGACUCGGACUUGGACGAGUUUGAUGAGACGGAGUUUUUGUCGACGGAGAGUCCGUCGGAGGGUCAAGAUGGGCGAGGUACGAACGCGUAUCAUACGGAUUCCAGCGACGAUGGGUUUAACGUGACGCGUAUUGAGGACUCGGGUGGGUCUUCCAAGGAUGACAGUACCGACUUUGGGAGGGAGAAGUUGACCUACAACUAUGACGACUAUCCGGAGGUACUUGAAGAACCGUUUCCGUCGCUGGAUGAAGGGGAUUUGAUCACGGUGAACCGUUGCAAGAUGGGAAAGAAAGACUACAGCAAGCUUCGUGUGACGAACUACAAGGCUGAGGACGGGAAGGAGGUCGAUGAUAAAGCGGAGAUUUCUGAAGAGUCGCGCAAGGUCAUCAGUGCAGCGUUGAAGGAGGGCUUCAUGCAGAACUACGACAAAGCAUUGCUCAAGCAGUUCUUCUUCAAGUGGCUUCAGUUUACGAUCUUGGAGAAGAUUUCCAAAGGUGCCGGGGUGAUUUCAACGCGCGAGCAGAAGCUCAAACGUAUCAAUGACUUUAUCAACAACAUUCGAGCAAACAAGAAGAAAACUGUGAAGCCGCCAAGCAUUGCACAGGUUGCGAGCGCUCGGAAGGACUACGAGCAUCGUCUGAAGGUCCAGCAGGACAUCAUCGAGCUGCAGAAGCUGAAGCUGGAACGCCAGGAACGCAUCAUAACCGAGCUGAAACUGUCCAAGUUCUCGGAAGCGGCCAAGAUAUCCAAGAUGGAAAUUCAAAGCGAGCUCCACAAGGCCAUGCGCACCGGCCACGUGCGUCUGCGGGCCAAAGCCAAGUGUAUCCAGAUCGUCGGAAACAUGAAGAACGAUACCAGCGAAGAGGAUGAAAUGCGCAAACUGCAAGCACAGGGGCUGAUGAUCCCCAAGUUCCUCGCAAAGAUGCAACAACGCGCUUUCGAGCGUAGCCAGCGCCACCAGGAAGCUAAGGAGCGCCGACUCCGAAUGGAAAAGGAGCGCGAGGAGAACAAAGUGGCCGCCGAAGAGGCCAAACGUCUCGAGGACGAGGAAGACCGCAAGAAGCGCUACCGCGAGAUGCGCGAAAAGCGCAAGAUCGAGAAGCUGCAGAAGAUCAUCCGCGAGCAGGAACGCCAGGCGUGGAUCGCCAACAACCAGAUCGCCAAGGAGUUCCGGCUGCUCAAGCUGAAGCGGUUCGCCAUACUGGCGUUCAAGCUGCUGCUAGGCAUCCGGCGGGACAACGAGCGGCGCGCGUUGGCCGCCCGCAAGCGGUACUACAAGCGGAAGUACUUCCGCCGCUGGUGGGGCCUCACGAACUCGGUUUGGGAGGGUAAGAAGCAGCGCGCGGACGAGCUGGCCAACGCGAAGGUCAUGCGGCUCGGGAUGAACGCGUGGAAGGAGUUCUGCCACGAGCAGCGCAAAAAGAUGCAGGUCGCCAUGGACUGGUGGGAGGUGCGUCAAACCGAGAAGGUCAUUUCGGUGUGGGUUGGACGCACGAAGCAGUCGCUGCUGAUUUUGCAGGGCAAGAUGUCGCACGCGUCCGCGCACUAUGAGUGGCAACUCAAGUGGAAGGUGUUUGAGCGCUGGCAGCGCCUCCACAUCAUACUGAAGAUUGAGAAAGAGACUGAGCAGCGGCGCCAGCGGUGGCGCAUGAAGAUCUGGGAGCUGCUGCCCGACUACAAACCGAUCGAGGAGGAGAUUUAAGCAUUACCCUAGAUACCAGCAACACCGUCAGCAAUAUUAUUGUGCAACACUUGAUAUAAGCUAAAGUCUGAUUUUUUGAAGUCCAAUUUUUUCUACCAGAAUUUUCAACUUGUAGUAGCGACGUUUGUAGUAGAAUCGUUUUUUCGAAGAAAAUAAAAUUUAAAAACUCAAAAAA